CGUCUCCACACACACACACAGCCAGGCGGUCAGCCUGCAGAAGACUGAGACUCUCCUCCAGGAAGGUGUCCUGUGUUCUGAGUCCGCACAAUGCCACGAGAAGACUCUCACUUCAAUAACCCCAGGAAGGGGCACAGCUACGACCACGUCACAGCUGAAGAGGCUGCAGGGAUUGGCAUCCUGAUUGUAGUCCUGGGAAUUUCUCUGCUUCUCGGCUGCUGGUAUUGUAGAAGACGAAGUGGAUACCGAACCUUGAUGGACAAAAAGCUUCAUGCUGGAACUAAAAGUACCUUGAUGGAAAGAUGCCCGAGUGAACAAUGCUCAUCUGAGGGUCUUGGUCACCAGGAUAGCCCACUACCUUCUCAGGAAAAGAAUCAUCAGCCUGUGGUUCCCAACGCUCCACCUGCCUACGAGACGCUCUCUUCAAACCAGUCACCACCACCAUACUCACCCUGAGAGCCAGCAAACUGCUAGGAGUGCUGAGCUGACCCCCCUCAUGCUUUUGCCGUAGGCUGGGUAGAUGCUGUGUGCUGCUUUGUUUAGAAUGCCGCUUCAUGUUCAACUCUACUGAGAGGCCAGGGUUAGACUCUUGAUAGGGCAACUAGAGGAACGAUGAGAAAUACUAACCUGGGAAAAGCUUCAAUAAACAUUUAAAUUCAUACUAUCUGUCCCAGCAGGAAUGCUAUUAAACCAUUAAUAACAGUGAUAGUAAUAAUUAUUAUUAUUUUGAGGGGUAGAGUCACAUGGAUGGUCUGGCAGCGUCUAAUUUGUGAAGAAAAAUUAUUUUUUUAAUUUUUAUGUGUGUACCUUUAUGCAUGUGUUUUCACGCCACUGCCUAUUGAAGCCAGAAGCUGUUGGAUUUCCUGGAGCUGGAGUUACAGGUGGCUCUGAGCUGCCUGACCUGGGUGCUGGGAACUCAGCUUGAGUCCUCUGCAGGCGCAGCGAGCAAUGUUUAACAGCUCAGCCACCUCUUCUGACUUUCAGCUGAUUCCUUGAAUGAGAUGCAGCUAACUUGCAAAUUACUACCCAGCUCUUCAAAGCAACCCACUGGCCAGUGUGGCUGUGCAGAGUUGUGGCAGAUGUUAUGCAAUGCUCAGAAAGCAUCCCAUUACAGGUUUAAAAACAAAAACUUAUUUCUCUGAGCUGUUAGGCAGGGAGCUCCGUGGUUUAAAAUGAUCUUCCACUAAUACACUGUAAAGAGUCUCUUUCUCCCCCUCCUCCCCCACCCCUCUCUGUGUGGUGUAUGUAGUUGUGAGACAGGAUCUCUCAUUGAACCUGGAGUUCAUCGAUUUGGCUGAUGGCCAGGGAACCUCACGCACCACCUGACUUCACUGCUCAGGUCUGGAGCUAAGAGUCAUGUGCUGCCAUACCUUGCCUCUAUGCGGUUCUGGGUCCCAAACUCUCAAACUUGUGUGGCAGGCACUUUGCAGACUAAGUCACCUUCUCAGAAGCAAACAAACUAACAAAUAUAUGUAUAUAUGUGUUAAACUAUAAAGUUUAGUUUUUGAGAACUUUAUACAUGAAUACAGUUUACAUCAGUUCUGUCCCUUUUCCUUUCCUAGCCACGUCCUCCCAUGUCCCCACCUCUGUUUUUCUCAAAUUCUGUGUGUAUAUAUGUGUGUUUGUGCAGAUGUACAUAAAACCUACAGAGU